AGAUAGAUAUCAGCUGACAUUCAACGACAACAUUCGUGGACACGACAAACCUGUCAGUACCCAGAGCAAAUGUCGCCGCCAUAACGAGCUAGAGAAUGGGGUCCUUUUGCUCGUGAGUCUUGCUUCUAUCGAAGUGCAAGGGGGAGCAUAAAUUAAUUCCCUAUCUCGGGCAAAAAUGUCACAGACAAUGCCGGUGCUGAUGCCAGCCGCUACAUUAUUGGAGUCAGGUCGCUUGUUGUUAGUCGCAAGCCGCCACCACCGCCGGCCACUCAGAUGUCGUGUAACUAGUUAACUACCUCAUAGCUGGGGAUUGAGCCAGCUUUCCAAGACGCUAUUUUAAAUCCUCCGGAUUUCCUGCAUCGGUCUUGACACUUUAACUGGGAUAGCUGCGUUUUGGACUUUUCCGUGCAUCGUCCUACCAUAGUAUGCAGUGCAACUUGGGCUACCACCGACCGCACUGCAUGAAUCAAAUGUCAGGGCCUCUUCCUCCCUCAUUUGCACACGGCCUCAUGCCCCUAGUGCAAGGAAAAUUGCCUGUGAAACAACCCAAGCAGUCAGUCAGGGUCAGCAUAUUUUAUUUUUAUUUUUUUGGAAUUCUUUCGGAACUAUACGACGGCUCCACCCCGCAUUUUGCUAGGUUGUGACAAGGUUAAGAAUCAAGGCUUAACUUUCGAGCUAGCCUCCACGUUACUGAGUGUCAAGUGCUCUGCAAAAUAUCCCUGCAUCCAUUUCCCGAAUUCGAUCUCGAAGUUGAGGAAUGUUCACCUCGGAAGCAGGGCAUUGGACUCGCGCUAGCAUACAACUUCUCCUUUACCACGAAAAUAAUAUGGGACCCGAUAUAUUUCCCCCUAUCAUCUCUGGGGUAAAACGCCAUUCCAUCACUCCAUAUGCCGCUCAUUGGCCGUAGCCAGAAUCGAGAAGCUGAGCAGACGAAGACACCGGCCUGCCACCAACCUUGUCCCUCGGCGCCCUAUUCUCGCAACGACCUCUCCUUGGCUGGUUAGGAGAUGCUGUUUCUACAAAAGCGGGGGUUGUAAUACCUGCAUGUUGCCAACCAAGGCAUGAGCAUUUCUUCGGCUCUUUCUAUCGUUUCGGCUCUUUCUAUCGUUUGCGGAAUGUUUGGUCACCGUAAAAUCAAUGGUUUAAAAGCAUUGCUGUCGCUCAUAUCCGAAACUGGCCAUGCCUUGGACAAUGAGUUGGAAACAAACAUCAGAGCAUCUCGAACUUUCACGAGAAGGGUUGUCCACUCAAGCGUAUCCCCCUUUACCAACUUGGUAUUCCCCUAUCAUACUGUUUUCUAGCCUUUGCCUCUUGAAUUGAACAUUUUCGCAACUUGGCUCCAAUUGUUGAAACAAAUAUGGCUCAAGCUUCUGAGGUGGACCACGAGAAGCGUGAGGAUAGUUCUUCUAGGGAAGAGCAAAUCGAGAUUGCCGGGGCGGAUGCCGAUGAAGCCAUAGCAGCUAAUGAGAAAGCCUUGAUACGCAAAGUCGACUGGCGGCUACUUCCCAUCCUAGGAGCCUUGUAUGCCAUUGCGCUAAUCGACCGUGUCAAUAUAUCGAAUGCCCGCGUGGCCGGGAUGCACAAGGAGCUGGAACUUUACAUAGGCUCACGAUAUACCAUUGCCUUGCUUGUGUUCUUCAUUCCGUACUUCCUUUUCGAGCUCCCUUCGAAUAUCGUCCUUCGAAAGGUUGGAAGUGCCAACUGGCUUGCCUUCAUUGCCUUCGCAUGGGGGUCUUUCAUGUUGGGUCAGGGGUUCGUGAACAGCUAUGAAGCUCUUACUGCGCUGCGCUUCCUCUUGGGGUUCUUCGAAGCUGGAUUUUUCCCUGGCUGCGUGUACCUGAUCUCUUGUUGGUACGUUCGGUAUGAGAUGCAAACACGACUUGCCGCAUUCUACCUAUUUUCCGUCCUUGUUGGAGGCUUCUCCUCUAUUCUCGCAUAUGGCCUCAUGCAAAUGGAAGGGCUACAAGGCUACCUUGGCUGGAGAUGGAUUUUCAUCAUUGAGGGUCUUAUCACUCAAGUGGUGGGAAUCGUUUCGUGGUUCCUUAUCAUUGAUUUCCCGGACAAGGCUCAAAAGACAGGUUUCCUGACGGAACGGGAAGCCGAUUUUAUCAAAAACCGCAUCGAGAAAGAUCGGGCUGAUGCCUUGAACGACCCUCUAACCUGGGCGAAGUUUGGAGAGCAUCUGAAGGAUGGGAAGCUCUGGGCCUUUGCUUUCAUGUUUAUGUCAACUACAACCCCUGCAUACGCUUUUGCCUAUUUCUCACCAGCCAUCAUUCAGGGCAUGGGAUAUAGCGGCGGCAUCGCAAAUCUCCUCUCCGCACCGCCCGUAAUCUUCGCAGUUAUCUCUGCCUACUCCUUCGCCUUGUUGGGGGAUAAGUACCGCCUCCGUGCCCCCAUCAUCGCUGCGCAAUGCAUCAUCGGCAUCGUCGGCCUUAUGAUCACCGCCUACCACCCCAAAUCCGGUGUUCGCUACCUUGGCAUAUUCCUCGGCACCGCCGGGUGUCAAGGAAAUAUUCCUGCCAUCCUCGCCUACCAAUCUAACAAUAUCCGCAUGCAGUCGAAGAGAUCUGUUGGAAGUGCACUGCAGAUUGGGUUUGGCGCGAUCGGGGGCAUUAUUGCCUCGACGACGUUCCGUGAGGUGGAUGCCCCCAAGUUUGUUCCCGGCCUGUGGACAACGACCGGCUUGCAGCUCCUCGUUCUGGCGUUGUUGGCUUGUACAACUUUCCAUUUCUGGCGCAGAAAUAAGCACGUUGAUGCAGGGACUGCGAUGAAGCCGAUUGAAGGGCUCGAGGGCUUUAAAUAUACGCUGUGAGCAAAGGGAUUUGAUUUGUUGAUGAUUUACAUAAGGCUUACAGUGGGAAUAUGACUUUCCUGGGAGGAUAAAUUACUAGCUAUUUACGUCUACUUAUACCAAUAAUAUCCAGAAGUUAUUAUUGGAUUUUAUUAUUGAUUUAAUCGGAGAUACCAGAUGCAAUCCUCCAUGUUCCAGCAUGCUCAACAUCAACCAGAGCUCUCUAUCCUAUCCUCUCUCAUGCUCAUCUCAUACCAGAACCAAGAAUGGAAAGAUAUCUCGUACACUUCAUGCCCAAGCGAAACGAAACAAGAUUCUAAACUAAUGUACAUACAAAACCCACU